CCUUGGGGGCGGGGUGGCGGCCGGCCGGGCAGGGCCGCGUCGCCGUGCGGUGUCCCGUGUCUCGUGUCCCGUGCCGCGGGGCGGGGCGGCGGGUGAGGCCUGGCAGGUUGCGCGGGUGAUGCGCGCCCCGCGGGGGAUACCGGGCCCGGCGCCGAGCCGCUGAGGCGCCGCGGGGCCGGAGCGGAGCGUAGCCACCAUGCCGUGCACCUGCGGCAAUUGGAGGCGGUGGAUCCGGCCGCUGGUGGUGCUGCUGUACAUCGUGGGGCUGCUGGUGGUCGUGCCUCUCUGCGUGUGGGAGCUGCAGAAGCUGGAGGUUGGAAUCCAUACCAAGGCAUGGUUUAUCGCAGGGAUAUUUCUAUUGAUGACUAUACCCAUCUCCCUCUGGGGAAUACUGCAACACUUAGUUCAUUACACUCAACCUGAAUUGCAGAAACCAAUUAUAAGGAUUCUGUGGAUGGUGCCGAUUUACAGUUUAGACAGUUGGAUAGCUUUGAAAUACCCCAACAUUGCAAUAUAUGUGGAUACAUGUCGAGAAUGCUAUGAAGCUUAUGUCAUCUAUAAUUUUAUGGUUUUUCUUUCAAAUUACCUAACCAACCGAUAUCCAAACCUCGUAUUAAUAAUAGAAAAGGAGCUUUAUUACAGCCAUCCAAAAGCUGCAAGCUUAGACACCUGUGGCUCCAACAUAACUACUCAGUCCCUCAAUUGA